GCUGCCUGGGUUGUGCAGAGCUGCAUCAUGGAGAAGCAAGUGCUGGAAACCUCUGAGGAGAAAACUUUCCAGUACCAGGAUUCUCUGCCUUCGCUGCCAGUGCCUCCUCUUGAUGAAUCCUUGAGUAAAUACCUUGAAGCAGUGAAGCCUUUCCUAAAUGAAGAAGAAUAUCAGAGAACCCAGGAGACAGUUAAAAGAUUUGGAAAUGGGAUUGGGAAAGAAUUGCAUCAGAAAUUACUGGAGAGAGCUAAAAGCAGGAGGAAUUGGCUGGAGGAGUGGUGGCUGAACGUGGCCUACCUGGACCUUCGCAUCCCGACGCAGAUCCACUGCAACAUAGGAGGGCCUGGUCCCUACAUCGAGCACUUUUGGCCUCCGAAAGAGGGCACCCAGAUAGAAAGAGCUUGUGUGAAUGUGUGGCACACCCUGAGGUUCUGGGAGAUGCUGCGAAGAGAGAAGGUGGCCAUAGAGAGAUCUGGCAAUGCUGUUCUGGACAUGAACCAGUUCCGGAUGCUCUUCUCCACUUGCAAAAUUCCUGGGAUUACCAGAGACUCCCUCAGCAGUUAUUUUAAAACUGAGAGUGAAGGUGAUUGCCCAUCCCACCUGCUGGUGCUUUGCCGAGGCCGCCUGUUUGUGUUCGAUGCCCUGCAUGAAGGCCACAUGCUGACUCCUCCAGAGAUCUUCAGGCAACUCACAUAUAUACAGAAAAGAUGCCACAGUGAACCAGAUGGCCCAGGACUGGCAGCCCUGACAAGCUGUGAAAGGACAAAAUGGGCAGAGUUACGGGAAUAUUUGAUUGGCCUUGACCCAAAGAACUUAACUCACCUGGAGAAGAUCCAGAGCAGUUUGUUUGUGGUCUGCUUCGAUGAUGCCAGUCCCCACGCCACUCCUGAGGACUACUCUGAGUUGACCAGGCUGGGGCUGCUGGGGGACCCAACUGUGCGCUGGGGAGACAAAUCCUACAACUGCAUCCUCUUUGCCAAUGGCAUCUGCAGUGCCUUUUGUGAUCAUGCUCCUUUUGAUGCCAUGGCUUUGAUUACCAUGUUGGCUUAUACUGACAAGAAGAUCAUUGAAAAUGAAGGAAGGUGGAAGGGAUCAGAUAAAGUAAGGGAUAUUCCGUGGCCAGAGGAGCUGGUCUUCACAGUGGAUCAGAAGCUGAUCAGUGAGAUUGGACGUGCCAAGGACUUGUACUACAGAAAGGUGUCUGAGGUGGAGCUGGUGAAUUAUGUCUUCACAUCCUUUGGCAAAUCCUUGAUUAGAGCCAGGAAGCUUCAUCCUGAUACCUUUGUGCAGCUUGCCCUUCAGCUUGCUUAUUACAAGUGCCAUGGACGCCCAGGCUGCUGCUACGAAACGGCCAUGACGCGGCGCUUCUACCACGGCCGCACCGAGACCCUCCGGUCCUGCACUGUGGAGGCAGUGGAAUGGUGCAAGGCCAUGCUGGAUCCUUCUGAGACUACUUACCAGCGGCUGCAGCUGAUGCAGAAGGCAUUUGCAAAGCACAAUAAAAUGAGGAAAGAAUGUGAGAAUGGAAAAGGCUUUGACCGUCACCUGCUGGGUCUCCUGCUCAUAGCACAGGAGGAAGGACUGCCGCUGCCAGAACUCUAUGUGGACAAAGCCUUCACAGCCAGUGGAGGAGGUGGCAAUUUUGUGCUUUCAACCAGUCUGACUGGCUACACCAGGCUGAAUGGAGCUGCUCUACCUAUGGUAGAUCAUGGCUAUGGCUUUUUCUACACCAUCAGAGAUGACAGGAUUAUGGUGUCCUGUUCUUCUUGGAAGUCGUGUCCAGAGACCAGCGCAGAGGUGCUCUGCAGAACUGUGUUCCAGUGUUUCCAGGACAUGCUCCAGCUAACAGUGACAGCUCAGCUGUGAGGUUGGUCAUGAUGUAGAAGGCUUUGCAAGCCCUCCAGUUAGGUGUAGUACUUACAAAUGAGAUGCUACUCAGAGUAUCCAAAUUAAGCCACGUGAUGAACUGUGAGAAGCCUAUUCUGAUGGGAUUGACUGUAGGAAUAGCAGCUUUGGGAAUGUGAUGUAGCCAUGUGCACCAGCAAUGCAAGCAGUAGGACCUGUGUAGAACUAUGCAAUAUUAAAUGAUGCCUUAUCAAUGCAAAUGACCCUGAGAGAUGGGCUGGUGGAGGAGCUGUGGGAAUCUUAGGAGUUACACAUAGAAGACUUUGUAGGGCUACUGACCAGUGGAGCACUUAUCUGCAUACUUGGGAGUAACCACCCUGUCCUCUCAGGUGCUCACACUUCCUGCUCCUGCUGGUUGAGGAGGUGGAAGGGCAGGUGGAAGGACAGCCUCCCUGAGCUUGGGAGCUGAAGUUCUCUCUCACUUAGGUAACCAAUAAAUGUUGUGUCUGUCCAUGGGGAUGUUCCCACUACCUUUGUAGUGGAGAGAACUGCAGCCUUUUGAGGCAGGAGCUCUCAGGAAUAGUGCAGAAAGCAGCACAGGAGUUCGAGUUCCUCAGAGGUUUCACCUUCUGGGGACUCCGAGUG